AUGGCUUCUCAAUCCACCGCAGAGUCGGUCUUUGACCAUGUAAUUCUUCUUAUCCCGUAUGCCCAGCUUGCGUCGCCUCCACAAUGGCUCUCAGAAGCCUUUACGAUCCUCGACGGCGGCGUGCACGAGGGCGGCAUGACGGAGAAUAAGCUCAUUAUUUUCCAAGACGGCCUUUACUUGGAGCUUAUUGCCUUUGUUGAUGGUUUGAAUCCUCAGCACAGAGCAAUGCACCCGUGGGGCAAGCAGCCCGACGGACACAUCAUCCACUGGGCUCACACAAUCGUGAGCCGUGAAGAAGAAGAAGGUUCCAAUACAUCAGAAGAACGAUUCCACACUGUCCAAGAGAGAAUUCAAGAUUCGAAAGCCGGAGUCAAGUACCUUGAUCCAGAGCCUGGGUUUAGGACAAUGGCGGAUGGUUCGAAGCGGAUCUGGGCCAAUGCUAUACCCAACUUUGAUGACUACAAAGGGUCACUCUGGAUCAAUCAACAGCCUUUCUGGACAUUUGAUCGGACUCCACGAGAUCUUAGAGCACCCACUACUCCGGAAAAUACGUCUCAUCCAUCUGGAGUUGUUGGUGUCGCUGCAAUCUCUUUGUUCAUCAAGGACAAGCAAACUCUAGACAAUAUGGUUCCUCUUUACAAUGCUAUUUUCAACAAGCCUGCUGCCGAAGAAACCGUAUCCGAUAACGUAUUGCGAUAUGAAUGGGAAGCUGCAGCUCCUAACCAUGAAGAGUUUGGCAAGAGAAACUUCUUCCUCUAUCAUGGAGUCGAAGGCGCGUUUACCGAGGAGGAGAUGACCGAGGCGAACGGAGUAGUACCUGACAUUUUUAUCAAACUGUCGUUGUACACUAAAGGAAAAGCUGGUGUCGUCAAAGGAACUCUUGUUAAGGGAACCCUCAUUACUCUGGACUUGAUUCCAGUUGCAUCUUCAUAA